AUGGAACAGUUGGCCCACUUCGUGACGAAAUCGUUCGAUUUCAACAACAGCCGCGUGCUGGACCUACUCAACAUGACCGUCACCAGUGGCGGUACGCACGUAAGGCUCGGUCGCGAUCCGGAAUACGGUGGCCGGCCCGGAUCGGACUCGGAUCUGCUGUCCAACACGAGCAGCAGCAUGGGCGGCGAUCUGGAGGACGAAAUCCGUUCCCACUCGGUCGAAGUGGCUCCGGUUCGACCCGUCACCACUUCCGCCGGCCCGGUCGCUGCCGUCGCAGAACGACUCACUCCGACGCGGAUGGCCGAUGAGGACGAGGAAACGAUUGAUAUCGAAAUAACGGAUCUUUCGUACGCGACUAGUGGCGGUAGUGGCGGUGGUGGUGGUGGUCAUAGUGGAGCUGGUUGUGAGAGCACUUCGAUGGCGGCAGCAAUGGCCGCCAAUCAGUCACUGUUGGGAAUCGAACCGCCGCUGCCCGUUAGUGGCAAUUUAAGGAGUGUGUGCAGUGUUAGUGGCGUUAAUGGUAGUAGUACCGAACCGAUUGCAGCCGACGGUGCUCAGGACAGUGAAACCGGUGAUCGAAAAGGAUCUACGAAUGGAUCCUCUACACUGCUGCUGCUUACGAGUAGCCGGCGCGGUGACAAUGGUAUUAGCGUGAUUCGUAAGUUUGACAAUAAAGCAUCUCCAGUGGCCGGUGAUCGUGAGGAUGGUAAAGUGGCCACCGACUCGGUGACGGUGUCCUCCGGUGCUGUGAAUGGUGCCACCCAUGUCACGGGAGCCAGCAAACGACAUGUGCCCAGGAACUGGCUCAUAGCGGACCUGGUGGACGAGUGUAGUGAAGAAAAAUCGAAACAAGACGUUGCCUUAAACCUGGUGCGCUCCGAAAGUGACCCGAAGGUUGCCAAAGGAGCGAACACAUCGCUCGAUCCCGUCGGCCUGCAGGUUGUACGUCCCAAGCCGGCGUCCGAGCUGCUCAAGCAGAGCGUCGACUUGAUCAACAAUCACCAUGCGUAUCCUGCACCGGCCAUCCCGAGUUCCGGGCACGAAAUGCCGCCGCCGCCAGCCGACGGAGAAUCAGACACGGAGCGUCCCCAGGAAGCGCUGACACCGGAUCCGGAUGAGCCGGGUGCGGACCCGCCGCCACCGACGGGGCGGCCAGCCCCGGAGGAGCGGGUCAACCGGGGUGCAGCAGCCUCGGGUGAUGCGGCGGCGCCUCCCGUGGCCAAUGGCCACGGACCGUUGGCCACGCUCACCAGCAACAGUAGCAACAAACAGCGACGGUCACGGACGAACUUCACGCUGGAGCAGCUGAACGAGCUGGAACGGUUGUUCGAGGAAACCCACUACCCGGAUGCGUUUAUGCGCGAGGAGCUGAGCCAACGGCUGGGGCUGAGUGAGGCCCGGGUUCAGGUUUGGUUCCAGAACCGGAGAGCAAAAUGCCGGAAGCACGAAAACCAGCUGCACAAAGGUAUCAUCCUUUCGAGCCACAGUCCACCCGUCACGACCCCACUGGAACCGUGCCGGAUGGCUCCGUAUGUCAACGUUCCUUCUCUGCGUGCCGGACCACCACCAGGCAGUGCCGGAGGGCCUCCACCCUCGGCCACUUCCGGUUCGGCGGCGGCAGCGGCGGCAGCAGCAGCUGCUGCGGCGGCCGCUGCGGCCGCCAACCACCCAUUCGCCGGAGCCGCCUUCUCUGCCUUCGAUUCUGCGUUUCUGUCGGCCGCCGCGCACCAGUACGCGGCUGCACUCAGUUCCGGCACCGUCCCGGCGAGCCUCUUUUCCCUGUCUCAGUACCGGCCCGGGUUGGCAGCGGCGGCCGCCGUCGCCACCCUGCCCGGGUUUACGCACGUGGCGCACGACAAGAACUCCAGCAUCGUCGACCUGCGGCUGAAGGCGGAAAAGCACAAGGAAAACCAGAAGAAAAUUGUAAAUAACGUGUCCUCGUAA